AUGCUGCUCCCUUACCGCAGGGUCGCGGCAGGACGAGACGCGCUGGUCGCCAGCUUCAUCCGUCUUGCGAGACACUGCGCCGGCAGACGUCCCAUCUCAUCCCGGCGGUGGAUUUCGCAAACCGCUGCUACUCAAGACGAAACCACCGAAAACCUAUCAGUGCCAUGUACUGCGCGGUACAACGAGAUUGGCGUACAGCAACUGAGCUCGCACAUUUACGACCAGCUGUUCCCCAAGGGCAACACCUCACCCCCCUCCAAAGAGCUGGUCGAUCUUGCGCGGGACCACCUUCGACGUCACGAACUGCUGGGGAAAAACACCGACACCUCGGCGCCCGUCGCAUUCGAUCUCCCGCCGCUGGUCGGAAGCACCCUCGACGAGCAUUUCCACAAACUAGGCGUCGAUGCCGCCGAGCCCUUCCUCACCCACGCGAAGCGGUUUGCCCUGGCAAAUCCGCCACCGAAACCGAGAAAAUGGGUGCGCCGGAGCGGGUGGACAAAGUACUACGCCGAUGGCCGGACCGAGCCAGUGGAUGCGCCUGAGGGAGAAGCCAUGACAUUUGACACCGAGGUCAUGUGGAAAGAAAGCCCGUACGCCGUCAUGGCCUGCGCUGCGACGGCCGAUGCUUGGUAUGCCUGGUUGUCGCCGUGGCUGUUGGGCGAGACAGAAAACGAACAUCAGCUCAUUCCGGUGGGCGAUCCAACAAAAGAGCGGGUGAUAAUAGGGCACAAUAUCGGAUACGAUCGGGCGAGGAUAUUGGAGGAAUACAGCCUGAGACAGACGAGGAAUUCGUUCCUGGACACCAUGUCAUUGCACGUUGCUGUCAAUGGCAUGUGUUCGCAACAACGACCAACGUGGAUGAAGCACAGGAAGGACCGCGAGUUUCGGGACAAGAUCGCCAAGGAGUCGAGCAAUGCCGAGCUCGUCGAAUUGUUGAACAAUGGUGCGUUUUCGGCCCAGGAGGAAGAACUUUGGGUGGAAAGGAGUUCGAUCAAUUCACUGCGGGAUGUUGCACAGUUCCACCUCGGCGUCACAAUCGACAAAGAAGCCCGCAACGCUUUCGGCGAGUUUGACCGGGAUGGCAUCAACCAGCAGCUGGAUGAGCUUAUGACUUACUGCGCUGCUGAUGUGGCCAUCACCCAUCGUGUCUACCAAGUGGUGUUUCCCAACUUUCUUCGUGUCUGCCCACAUCCUGUUAGCUUCGCUGCGUUGAGGCAUCUAUCGAAUGUGAUUUUGCCCGUCAACAAAACAUGGGACUCUUACAUCGCCAAUGCGGAAGCCACGUACAGGAAGCUAUCUGAUGGUGUCCGGGAGCGGUUGGUUGCCCUUACAGACAAGGCUCGCGAAAUCAAAAAGCAGCCCGAGAAGUGGAGUACUGAUCCCUGGAUGUCGCAGCUGGACUGGUCUGGACAGGAGGUCAAGAUGACCAAGGGGACUCCGACCAGCCCCCCGAGAGAAUACAAGAACCAAAAGAUGCCAGGGGAGCCAAAUUGGUAUAGAAAUCUGUUUCCCAAGGCUAAAGGCCCUAUCAACCUCACUGUGCGAACAAGAAUUGCACCACUUCUUCUCCGGCUGUCCUGGGAUGGACACCCGUUGUUUUGGUCGGAUAAGCAUGGCUGGACCUUUAGAGUGCCCUUGGCCGAUAUGAAGAAGUACAUCGACAAGCAGAUGAAGCCCUGUGAUUUCGAGGGGGAGACAGUCUUGGCCGUCAAGGAGGACACAAAACACGCCUACUUCAAGCUGCCACACAAGGACGGUCCCACGGCUCGCUGCACCAACCCCAUGGCAAAGAGCUAUCUCAGCUAUUUCGAAAAGGGGACGUUGUCGUCGGAGUACGACUAUGCCAAAGAGGCCCUGGAGAUGAACGCUUCUUGCUCCUACUGGAUCAGCUCCCGCGACAGGAUCAUGUCUCAGCUGGUGGUGUACGAGUCCAACCUCCCCGAGCCUGUCCGCCCCAAAGACCUCCCCGAGGAUGCCCCAACACCAGGGUUUAUUCUUCCUCAGGUCAUCCCCAUGGGCACCGUGACCCGCCGCGCGGUAGAAAACACCUGGCUCACGGCCUCCAACGCAAAAAAGAACCGCGUCGGUUCCGAGCUCAAAGCCAUGGUCCGCGCUCCACCGGGGUACGUCUUUGUCGGCGCCGACGUUGAUUCAGAAGAGCUUUGGAUCGCCUCUGUGGUGGGAGACGCAACGUUUAAACUCCACGGCGGGAAUGCCAUCGGGUUCAUGACAUUGGAGGGCACCAAGGCCCAAGGCACCGACCUCCACUCCCGCACCGCCGCCAUUUUGGGCAUCACCCGCAACGACGCCAAGGUGUUCAACUAUGGGCGUAUUUACGGUGCGGGCCUAAAAUUCGCCGGCCAGCUCCUCAGGCAAUUCAACCCCUCCCUUUCCGAGCAGGAAACACUCGACAUCGCCGGCAAGCUAUACGCCACGACAAAGGGCACAAAAACCAAUCGCAAGUCCCUGUAUAAACGCCCCUUUUGGCGCGGAGGGACAGAGUCGUUUGUGUUCAACAAGCUGGAGGAAUUCGCCGAGCAAUCCCACCCUCGCACCCCCGUGUUGGGGGCGGGCAUCACCGAGGCGUUGACUGCGAGGUUUUUGUCAAAGGGGGGGUAUCUGACCUCGAGAAUCAACUGGGCCAUUCAGUCUUCUGGAGUCGACUACCUCCACCUCCUCAUCGUCUCAAUGGACUACCUCACCCGGAGAUUCAACAUUGCCUGCCGACUCGCCAUCACGGUCCACGACGAGAUUCGAUAUCUGGUCCAAGAACACGACAAGUACCGCGCUGCGAUGGCGCUUCAAAUAUCCAACCUCUGGACGAGGGCAAUGUUUGCCCAGCAAGUCGGCAUCCACGACCUCCCCCAAUCGUGCGCCUUCUUCUCCGCGGUAGACAUUGACACCGUCCUAAGAAAAGAAGUCGACAUGCCAUGCAUCACCCCCUCCAACCCAAUCCCCAUCCCACCAGGGGAAACAGUCGACAUCAACCAACUCCUCUCCAAAGGCUCCCUCGCCCGGUUGGACCCAACUAUAACCCCCGACCCAACAUAUGCUCCGCGAGUCAAUCACAUCAAGUAUGUCCCCCGCAAACCGGUGAUGGAACAGCUCCAGGAGGAGGAACACGCCCAAGAAGACGAGAAGUCCAAGCUCAGGUUCAUCAGGGCGCAGAUCGCAAACGACGAGGCAGAGUUUAGGGAGAUAUUAAGGGAGACAAGGGGAGAAGCUCAGAGAGAGAAAUACAUCCCCAAGGUGCCGGUCAAGAUUCUCAAAAAGCCGUAUAGUGCCAGUGCUAAGCUGCUGCCGGGGGCGGCGAGGUACGGGCAGCGAGAGCCGGUCAUGGUGAGGGAGGCGUUGGAGGGGGUCAGGUACAAGAGUUGGCCUGGGGGGAGUGGGAGUGGAGGGAGUAAAAAAUGGGAUGGGGGGAGGGAAAAGGGGAGGGAGAGGGUGCAGUGGGAUUUUACUAGGUAG